ACUCGGGUCUGUAGACACCCACGUUGGGAUCUGGGCGGGGCGACCGGCGUGGAAGGAGUGUCCGGCCCGGGCCCGGGAGCGGGCCCGGGGGCGGGAGCAGGGCGUCCAGCGGAGAAGGCAGAGGAGAGGAGAUGCGGGCUCCUCCAGGUAGCGCAGGAGCCCCUCCGGCUGCCGGAGCCCCGCGAGGGCGCUAGUGGAGGGCAGGAGCCGGGGCGGCGGAGGAGCGGAAGGGAUGCUGCGUUGCCUUGGAGUGUCAGGGUGGGGGAGGAAAGACCAAGGGACCCACGUCCUUUGCCCCCGCCGCGGAGUCCCGGGCCGGCGAGACUUCUGCAGCCUGCCCAGCGCCCGGGACCUAGGGCUUUGCAGGAGUCCGCCCGGGAGCUCUAUCAGAGCGGGCGUCCUCCCCGCCGCUCCAAAGGUGGCUUGGGGCAGGUGGGGCGUCCCGGAGGGAAUGGAGGGACCCUGCCUAGGGAAGGUGGGGGCUGUGAGAGCCUCGAGAGAGAGAGAGCACAGGAGGAAGGUGGGUGCGGUGAUGGCUCAGGAACCACCUGCAGCUCCAGCUGGCCUGGAUAACGGCAGGGUCUGUGGGACAAUGGCCCUGCUACAGGACUGGGGCCGCUCCGCUCCUGAAUGCUCACCUGCCCAGCCAAACAAGCACUGGCCUCGAGCUAAGCAACGUUAAGACCAUUGCAGCUCAUCCAGCUCACAGAGGCUGACUCUCCGACUCCCUGCUCCACCAGCCAUGACUGCAGCAUUCACUGGAUGGGACACUGACUUCAGGAGCUUUCUCCUGAUGAGAGACCACGACUACGAACUGGUUCUGGCCGGUUUACAGAGGCUGUGCACUUCCACACCAUCAUGUCCCUGCUUCACCUUUUGAUGUCUAGAGCCUAACUGUAGCACAUUUAUUUAAAUGUUAAGUCUCGACCCCAAAGUGACCACGCACUGUAUGUUACAUGCAUGUUUGUUCAGUAUGCAUGUGUGUGUCCCCCCCACUGCAAGAAUCUGUGAAUCUUCAUAGUUCCUCCUGUAACCUGUCCAAUAUGUAUGCUUGUCCAACCAUUCAGUGUCUUUGUUUUGAAAUGACUGGAUACCUGCAGGGAGCUGCAGCUGUAGUACUCAGAGUCCCCAUUGCCCUUCAACCUCCCCAAUCAUGACAUCUUAUCUAACUGUAGAGUACAAUGCAGACAACUUUACUGCAG